UCGGAGAGAGAGAACAGGCGAGAGAUAAAGAAGGAAGACUCUGUUGCACACAUCUUGCCACACUUGUGUCUGUGCGUGGAAGACCUCUUUUCUGGCUGAUCGGCUGACCUUUGCAGAGGUCCCAAGGCUGGCUAGGUGGUUGGUUGCCAGCCUGGCGGCCCACAUCUAUGUCCCACCUCAAGAAUGUGGAAGCUCGGAUUCUGCAGUGCCUCCAAAACCGAUUUGUGUCCCGCUACGUGCCUCUCCCAAACCAGGCCAAGGUCUGGACCAUCUCGCUGACACCACAAUGGGGCAAGGGUCGUACCCCUUUGGUGAUGGUGCACGGCUUUGGGGGCGGCAUCGGGCUCUGGAUUCUCAACCUGGACUCACUAAGCCACCACCGUCCCCUCCAUGCCUUUGACCUCCUGGGCUUCGGACGGAGCUCUCGUCCCCCUUUCCCCCAUGACGCCCAAGGGGCCGAGGAAGCCUUUGUGAGCUCCAUCGAGGCCUGGCGCAAGGAGAUGGGCAUCCCCAACAUGAUCUUGCUGGGUCACAGCUUGGGCGGGUUCUUGGCAGCCUCAUACAGCUUGCAGUACCCGGAGAGGGUGAAACAUCUAAUCCUGGUGGAUCCUUGGGGCUUCCCCACACGACCAUCCGAUCCAGCUCAGGUCCGUACUGCUCCAACUUGGGUUAAGGCUGUAGCUACCGUGUUGGGACGGUCCAACCCUCUGGCUGUCCUUCGAAUUGCAGGACCUUGGGGUCCUGGACUAGUCCAGCGUUUCCGUCCAGAUUUUAAGCAGAAGUUUGCCAAUUUUUUUGACGACGAUACCAUCUCUGAAUACAUCUACCACUGCAAUGCCCAGACGCCAAGUGGGGAGGCAGCGUUCAAGGCCAUGACUGAAUCCCUAGGAUGGGCCCGCCGUCCCAUGUUGCAACGCAUCCACAUGAUCCGGCGGGACCUGCCCAUCACCCUUAUCUAUGGAGCCAACUCCUGGAUUGACACCAGCACUGGGGAGAAGGUCAAGUAUCUACGGCCAGGAUGCUACGUUAAGGACAUGGCCAUCCCUGGAGCCUCCCACCACGUCUAUGCUGACCAACCCCGGGCCUUCAACGCCACGGUGGAACGAGUUUGCGACUCUGUGGACUGAACACCCGAACCAGAGUGAAAAAGUAGCUCUUAUAUCCAGCCACCUUAUCGCUCAGCUGCGGGGAGACGCAGAAGGCACCCACCACUUCCUGUGCCCCCCCGGGGAGCCAAAACUGAAAUCCCUGUGGAUCUAACUACACAUGGAUCUCUGGGGAUCUCUGCUAUCCAGCCUGCACUCCCUCCUUCCCUCCCUAUUCCCUCGAAUCAUCUUUCUACUUAAAGGUUGCAGAUCGCCUGUUUUGGGUUAAUCCAAGUCUAACCGUUCUAUUUUUUUCCUUCGGCUAAUGUUUUGAUCUUGGUUUGAUUUACACCACAUCCUCACGUUCAACACUGGUUCCUUGUGCUGUUGGUUCCAACUACAAUCCCCGCUCCCAAUUUUAUUCCUCCUCCUGAUUUUCCUUCAUCCUACCUGUGAUCACUCCUUACCUUUGUGUAUUUCAAAGGCAAACCUAUGAUUGGAUUCUGCCGGAAAGCUAUUUUGAAUCUCUAUGACUACCUUGCUAGAUGAUGCUAGAAUCCUUCUCUUGGAUCCUUGGUGCCUUUGGGGGUAAACUCUUAGUUGCAAAAUAUAUUUAUAUAGAUGGUUAUUUAGGUGGUCUUCAGAAGCACUUGGGAAAUGGAGGAUAAUAUUCUGUAAUUUUGAGGUGAUGCCCAAAAAUCAGAUAUAUUGUAGAGAGAUAAUGAGAGAGACUGAGAUCCUUUACCAUGAUGUCCACACCUCAUUUCUUUCUCAUGCAUGAUGUGGCCUUACCUAUUUCCCAGGUUAUAUCCCCCUAACCUGAAAAACAAAGCUUGAUCCCAACUUAAGAUCCAAGAAGUGUGUGUAAAUUCUCUUCGGAAUGUGCAAACUGGGUAAAACUGAAGUGGCUUUGAACUCAGAGUAUUUAGCCUUGAACCACCAAAUAUUUAUUUUUAUCUUUGAGUUUCCCCAGCUCUUCAGGACUCUUUUGUACUUGGUGAAGAACAUAUUUUGAGCCCAGCUCAUUCCCAAAAUAAUUGAGGGAACCUGACCUCCAUCUGACCCAUAACUGUGUGAGAGGGGUGUCAAAGACAUGUCAUGUCGGCGUCACAUGACAUAUUGGGACUUUUUUCCCUUUCACUAUACCAGGCAUGGACGUGGGCAUGGAUGUGGCCAGCUCGUGACACAUCUGGCCUGCGGGCUGGGAGUUUGACAGCCCUCCUCUAUGACGUUUUUCUUCUCCAUAAGAUACAUAGUUCUAUUUCCUUGGAAGUGUGAAUCACAUCCAAGCUUGAUGGGAGAUCUUUUUUCAGGACCGUGUCUGUAAUACCGUUGAAAAACAGGUGUUGUAGUGCAAAUAUGACCAGGGAGUGUAGGACACUGUUUGAAUCGCACUUGACUGACUUCCCAACAGUACCAUCUAUGGAAUUACCCUUUGUACUAAUUUUGUAUGUUUAUUAAAAUAAAACGAUUGCUUAAAAACC